AUGUUUGCUAAAGAAAUCGCUAUUCAAUAUAUUAAAUUAUUUUAUAUUUUAUUUAAACAUUGGUUUCGUGAUUUAUUCUCAUCAUUUACUAAUGGUUCACCUCUAAAGAGUCUUACUUCAGAAAUAAUUCUUAUUACUGAAGCUGCUAGUGGUCUUGAAAAAGUUAAUAAUACUCGUGUUGCCAACGAACUAAACAAUGCUAUGAAAUGUGAUUUGACAAAUAGAGAAGGUAUUUAUGAAUGUGCAAGAAAAGUACAAGAAAAAAUUGGUCAUGUGACAAUAGUUAUUAAUAAUACUGGUAUUGUUUCAGGCAAACAAUUAGUAGAUUGUAGUGAUGAAUCGAUUCAACGUACAUUUGAUGUUAAUAUCCUCAAAGCAUUUUUACCAUCAAUGUUAGAUAAUAAUCAUGGUCAUAUUGUAACAAUUGUCAGUGGUGCUGGGUUAACAGGUGCAUCUGGUCUUGUUGAUUAUUGUUCAUCAAAAUUUGCUGCUGUUGGUUUACAUGAAGCUUUAACACUGAAGAAGACUGAUAUAAAAACAACAGUUGUUUGUCCAAGUUUUAUUGAUACCGAUAUUGUUUUAUUGCCUAUGUUAAAACCUGAUGAUGUUUGUGAUCAAAUUAUUGAAGCUAUAAGAAAAGAUCAACAUAUGUUAUUGAUACCAAAAGUCUUAGGAUUUAGAUUGUUAUUAAAAAUUAUUUCAUCAACAGCAGUUCAAAUUGAAGCACAAGGGGUGACUGGUCUGUAUCAUUCCAUGGAUACAUUUGUUGGACGUCAUUGA